UCACCUGGACGUACAGACUGGCUACUUGCUAUGAUGACAUUUGUAAAAAGGUUGGCAACUCGCAUCCUUCAGCUGGGCAGGAGAUGACGUCAUAGUUUACCCAACCUGCCGGCGUGACUCAACAGUGACGUCAUGAGAACGGUUGGUUGGUAGCCUAGGGUCCAGCUCAACUGGCAAAGGAAACAUCUUGCACUGACUGGACACCCAGCUGGGUCUCAUCACGAUUGAGAGGGCCACCAUCUCUAGUGGUUUCGAUAGGGGACAGGAAGCCGGCGACUUGUCGAAUGUCCCCCAUCCCCUUACGAUAGUCACGAACACAAAUACAGAUGUGGAUGCCCAAUACCCGCUUCUAAUUAGCGAGCGCCUCCAUUGUGCAAGCAGUCGGCGACGCCACGAGAGGAAGAAUGUAGUGAGGAAAGGCGGUCUCUGGGGUGUGUGUGUGGCAGGGCCCCAGGGAAGGAUUGACGCCACGCAUCAGGAUAAUAUUGUGGAGGUGGUGACGGAGGCGGUCGGCGGGCGCCCGCUUCCUACAGUGUGGUGUUAUCCUCCAUCGUUGUCACCCCCUGCACCGUCACCAGGGUGUACUAGGCUAACUCACCGCGCCAGCCUCCCGCCAGGAUGACACUGCUAAGCUUCUUACGACGACGUGUGUUGGGUAAAGCCAGCUCCAUUAUUAAGCGUGUGGUGGUGCCGGCCGUGGGCGUGGUGCUGGUGCUGCGGCUGCUGACCUCCCAACCCGCCCACAACCCUCCACACCCCACCAACCUCAUCCUGCCAGGCGAGGCCAUCGACCCAAUCUUCGAGAAGCAGGUGGGGAUAGGUCACACCAGCAUGGUCAGGGGUCACCACAAGGAGCCCCUGGAGGGCCUGCCAGUGGUGCCCCAACCCUCCCCCGUCCUCCGUGACCACCCCCCUCCCCCCAUCCCCCCACCUGCCCAGCCACCUGCCCUGCCCACCAGUAACAGCCAUCGGGCGACGGGGAGUAAUGGGAAGGAGAGUAGUGGCAAGAAGAGCAGUGGCAAGAAGAGCAGUGGAAAGGCCAAGCCAUCAUCAUCCUGGUCACUAGCCUCCGCCAACAUCACCGACAGCCACAAGGUGCGGUUCAAAGGUCACGCCAUCACCAACCAGACGGUGACCUUGACACUCAUGUCCAGCUCUGACAAGGUGUUCAUGUCACUCAACAAAAGAGAGAUUUACAGGAACCUCGGAGACCGUGGGUUGCACGUGGUGGUGAUCAACCAACACUCCGGGAAGGUCAUGGCCCGCCAGGUGUUCGAUACUUUCUCCGCCGGCGUCGAGGAGGAGAUGGUCGAGUUCAUUGAUGAUGUUCGCGACGGCAGGAUCAUCGUCUUCGCCGUGCUGGACGAGGCCAGCAAAAACCUAUCGUGGCGAGGCAGGAACAAGCUGAAGGAGCUGGGGUCGCGGUGGUCGGACAAGCUGGCCUACCGAGACAUGUGGGCCCUCGUCACCAGGAAGGGAGGUCUCAAGAUGGCGGAGACCUACUCCAAUGUGGCCACAGCCGACACGGGGUACGAGUGGGGUGGACCCGUCUUCCUCAGGACCGACUUUGAUCUCGAGGAAGAGGAUGGAGAGUGUGGGUGGCCCGAGAACGAGCGUAACGACGCCAGGCGGGUCUUCUGCAGCAGGUACGACGGCUACGGUGCCAUCUGUGACUGCGGUGUCACCAGCUGGAGUGACGUCUUCUUCCACGCCGACGACCAGUUACACCAGCAGCUGUCACAGAAGAAGCUGUAUAAGGACUUAGGAGUUGUCAUCCUAGCAUCAGACAGACCUCAUUACCUCUAUAAGACGCUGAAGGCGGUGUGGGAGGCGCCUGGGGUGAACCGCGAGCAUGUGGCCGUGUACGCUGACGCCCACCGGCGGGAGAUUACCGCCGUGGCGAGGCUCUUCGGGGUCCACCUGGUGGUCGAGGCUCAGCGCGGCAACUCCUCCAAACAACACAUCAGACACAAGGUCCAAAGGGUGUUCAGGGAUGUGCUGGGGGCCAAGUUCUCCAGCGACACAAUGCCUGAGGGCAGCCUACCCGACGACACACUACCUCCCUUCUCCUGCAGUUACCUCCUGCUGCUGGAGGACGAUAUACAGGUCUCCAUCGACAUCUUCAAGUUCCUGUAUGCUGUGUCCCCGGUGCUGGAGAGGGACCCCUCGGUCCUGGCCAUCUCCUCCUUCAACUACUUCGGGUACAGAGACGUGGCUAACUCCCUCACUACAGUGUACCGGACCAGUGAACUCAACCCCUUGGCUCUCCUCCUCCCAGCCACCACCGUCCACCAGUAUCUCGCCCCCAAGUGGCUUGUGGCAAAUGCUACUAAGGAAUGGUACAACCCGCUUGAAGAGGCUCUGAAAGCAGUACCUGGGAGGGCGCUACUGUACCCUGAAGUGCCUCGGGCACGACACAUGGGGUACCGCGGGGUGGCCAUCGAUGGGGGCAUCCAACACAACUUCUUCAGGGACCACGUUCUCGCUCUCACCACCGACUACGACCUGUCUGACGCCGAAGUUCUCAAGUUGGAGUCUACCCAGUACGAAGCGAGGCUUCUUCAGACGUUGAAGAAUUCAGAAACCAUCAGGUUUGACUUCUGUAAACACGAUCUCCUCUACAAAGAGAAUCCACUUGUGAUAUACGUGGCCUACAACGGCAGUCGUAGUGACGAGGCCAGCAUCACCUACAUCUUCGGGUGUCUUAGAACAUGGAGCCUGUACGCGGAGGCUGGGUGGAGGGGGGUGUGGCAGUUUCACUACCACGGCCACUGGCUUAGUGUAGUUGCUGUCCCACUCUCACCGUACAGCUAUUUGAAGCCCACCGAUUACGAAGUUGUGACAGCCCCGCCCACCACCACCACCACGCCUGCGCCACCCUCUUCACGCUCCACCACCACCACGCCUCCUCCCUCGUCCUCCUAGACCUCAGACGCUGCUCAUAAAGAACUACGCUCAUUCAAGACUCCCAGGAAUGUAUAUACACCUAGAGAUGUACCUCUUUUCUCUGCGUAUAUACCCUGAAAGUUCAUUUCAAAACUGAGUUUAGGACUAAAGUAUACUUGCUGUUCGGGCAGUAAGGUUUAUAAUUUGUAGCGUUAAUAACCCUCCAGAGGUUAACAUGUUUAUUAAACCCCAACACCACACAGCAAGACACAUUGAGGCCACGGCAAGCUUACAGUAACUCUGCUCUGGAGACUGGUAUCGACUAAGUCGUACAGUGUUAUAGUCCAGGGGAUUUAUUAAGAAAUACCAGGAACUCAAGAUCCACAAAUUAAAACACGAAAUAAUUCGUGUUCCCCAGAGAUAGAUAUGCAAAGGAGAACAUCGGUAGGAGCCAUGAGGAGGAUUCGAACCUGUGCUCUGGGUGCUUCCAAGCAAAAUCCUAUUCAUUUUCUCGUUGAGACAUCAUGAAAAUGUGAUCUGUUUGUGCAGAAAUGCAACUGUAACUUGCAGGCAAAAUAAUGAAGUGUGAGUUAAAAACAAUUUUGUUAAUAAAUUAAUGAACUAAUUUAAACCCAGAGUAAGAUUCUAUUUUGAACUGCAGGUGGUUACUCAUUAAUAGCCCUAAGACACUUGUAUAUUUUCCAGGUAAUUUAAGAUCAAUGUAGAUUUCUUGAUAAUUGAAGCACAGUAAUAUAGUGAUAUAUCUAGCAAAAAUCAUAGUAUACAUGUUAAUACGUAUGCAACAUCUCCAUCUUCUUGACGGUACCACAAUAAAAAUUUGUAUGGA